GGCGGCGCCGCGCGCAUGCGCAGAGCCGCACCCCAGCCCCCUCCAUUCCCCCCCCGCCCGCCCGCAGGACUCGGUAGAAGUGUUUCCGGCGCGGCAGCUGUGACGCGCGCGGUCGGCGCCGGGCUGUCCGGCGGGCGGGACGGGCGGGCGGGCGGUGGGAGAUGGCGGAGUACCUGGCCUCCAUCUUCGGAACAGAGAAGGACAAAGUCAACUGUUCAUUUUAUUUCAAAAUCGGAGCUUGUCGUCAUGGAGACAGAUGUUCUCGGUUGCACAACAAACCAACAUUUAGCCAGGAAGCGAUGCUGUUGUAAGCUUGCCUGUAGUAGAGACCAACCAGUGCUAACUUUCAGACAACUUGAUUUUAAGAAGAACGGUACAAAUACCAUCUUGAUUCAAAACAUCUAUCGUAACCCCCAAAACAGUGCACAGACGGCUGACGGCUCACACUGUGCUGUGAGCGAUGUUGAGAUGCAAGAACAUUAUGAUGAAUUCUUUGAGGAGGUCUUCACAGAAAUGGAAGAAAAAUAUGGUGAAGUUGAGGAGAUGAACGUUUGUGAUAACCUUGGAGAUCAUCUAGUUGGAAAUGUAUAUGUAAAGUUUCGCCGUGAAGAAGAUGCGGAAAAGGCUGUGAUUGACCUGAACAAUCGCUGGUUUAAUGGACAGCCCAUUCAUGCUGAGCUUUCACCUGUGACUGACUUCAGAGAGGCCUGUUGCCGUCAAUAUGAAAUGGGAGAGUGUACACGAGGAGGUUUCUGCAACUUUAUGCAUUUGAAGCCCAUUUCUCGAGAGUUAAGACGUGAGUUGUAUGGGCGUCGUCGUAAAAAGCAUAGAUCCAGGUCGAGGUCCCGUGAACGUCGGUCUAGGUCCAGAGAUCGUGGUCGUGGAGGUGGUGGUGGAGGAGGAGGAGGACGUGAACGUGACAGGAGGCGGUCAAGAGAUCGUGAAAGAUCUGGUCGAUUCUGAGCCAUGCCAUUUUUACUGUAUGUCUGCUAGAAAGUGUUGUAGUUUGACCAAACAAGUUCAUAAUGAGAUUUUUUUUAAAGAUGGGCUUCUGAAUAAAAAAUUUGUAGUGAUACAGUAUUCUUUGUGUAACUUGUUUCUUGUGGGGGGAGUCUUUUUAACUGUCAUUCCUCUAUCUUGACAAAUACCUGGAUUAACUAUGCCUGAGGGAAAGGUGGUAAAUGUAUUGGAGGAGCGCCAGUUUUGUUUUUUUUUUAAUUCAGGUAUAAUUUGAACUGUUGAUGAAAAUGUGUGUGUAUAUAAUAUAAAAUAUUAUAUACAUAGGAAAAAUAAUAUACUGCUUAAGAAACAGUUACUCACAUAAGUUUCCCUUUUCUGCUAUGCUGUCUGCUUAUUUAGGUUAGAUUAGGCACAUUUAAAAGGAAGGCUGUGCAAAAUGCUUUUAUUUACCAAGUAGAAACGCUUAGUUACAAAAAUGUAUGUUUGUUUGUGCUCUGUCUAUCAAUGUGACUGUGGCAUUUACAAUAAAUCCAAUUUCUUGGUGUAAAAUCUAAAGCCUAUUUUCUAAGCACUCUGGAGUAGUUGAGUUGCUACUCCUGGCUGUGCCAGAGUUCAUAGUUCAAUUUUUUUGAUUCUUGACUAAAUUCCUUGUUGGCUGGAAAAAAAGUUGCCUAGUGCAGUGUGGAAAAAAAUAUUUUUAUUGCAAUGAUUCAUUAAAGGCAGGUGAGUUUUUAAAAAACAAAACUCAUGCUCCAUGCAACAUGAUACAUAGAAUCCAUUGAAGGAAAUGCAAGUCCUAAAUACAAAGACCAAAUUUCAUAAUGGACUGAUCUCUCUUCACUCUGUGUUCUCUUAGCUGUCAUUUAACGAAGCAUUUCAUUAGCAUUCACGGUCAUAGGAAACUAAUUGGAUGCUAGUGGAAAAUAACUUUUUUCCACCUUUACUCACUUUCUGAUAGUCUGAAGUGUGAUAAAAGCUAAUGGGCAGAUGUCCUGUUUGUGAAGAAACUGCCGUCUUUCUCUGUCUGAGGUUUAAUUGAAUGGCACUAUAGCUGUAUAUCAUAGGCUGUGUAUCUCUUAAGGAGUUUAAGCUCUAAUUGUUGCUGGAACAUCUUGAGAGACAAGUUGUACAAUGGCUGGCUUGCAGUUUAAUUUCAUUCAUGUCUUUUUAUUCAGCGUGUAACCCAGUAAGAAAUUUUGGUCAGUGGUCAUAUUUCUGCAAGAUACAACUUGAUGUACAUGAGGCUACCUAAUAUAAUAUAGCUUUCCAAUGGGCGAGAGAACUUACUAGUGCUUUCUUAGUUCUGAGUCAGAUAACUUGCUUAAUAAUCAAUUUGCUCCAUGAUUGUUAUUUAAAAAAAAAAAGGG